CCAUGGAGCACACGGGGAUCGAAGAGGUGAACCAGACGCACCAGCAGCACGAGCCCAUCAGUUUCGGAAUAGAUCAGAUCCUGAACGGCGGCGACCAGCCCAGCAGCUGCAUGCUGCCCAGCCGGAGCGGGGAGGGGGACUACCAGCUGGCCCCCAACGUCUACCCCAACGCCGGGUACAACGGGGUGUACAGCCCGGCCUGCUCCAUGGCGUACAACGUCAACAUGAACAUGAACGUGAGCAUGAACAUGAACGUGAACGUGAACUCGGCCGGUUCCGGAGGGGUGAUCCGGGUCCCGGCGCACAGACCCAUGCCCGCGACGCCCCAUCCGCCACCCCCACCCGCGCACCCUGCGGGUAUCUCGGCGGGUAUGCCCACGGUGCCCACGGUGCCCAGCAUGGGGAACGUGGCCAACUUCACAUUUCCCUGGAUGGAGAGCAGUAGGAGGUUCGCUAAGGACAGGCUUACAGCGGCCCUCUCGCCGUUCUCCGUGACCCGGCGGAUCGGCCACCCGUACCAGAACCGGACGCCGCCGAAGCGAAAAAAGCCACGCACCUCCUUCAGCCGCGUGCAGAUAUGUGAGCUGGAGAAGCGCUUCCACCGGCAGAAGUACCUGGCAUCAGCUGAGCGCGCCACCCUGGCUAAGGCCCUGAAGAUGACAGAUGCCCAGGUCAAGACCUGGUUCCAGAACCGCAGGACAAAAUGGCGGAGGCAGACUGCAGAGGAGCGAGAGGCGGAGAGGCAGCAGGCCAACCGGCUGAUGCUGCAGCUCCAGCAAGAGGCCUUCCAGAAGACGCUGGCCCAGCCGCUGCAGCAGGACCCGCUGUGCCUGCACAACUCGUCCCUCUAUGCCCUGCAGAACCUGCAGCCCUGGGCGGAGGACAACAAGGGGUGAUGUUUCGCCAGCUGGUGGAAGUGGGUGCCGACGGUGCAGAAGGACAUCGAGACUUUAUUUAACCACCCAUAUGUGUGUAUCUGCUCCUGUGCCAGUUUUAUCUGUCUCCCCCCCUCCCUCCCCCCCAAAAAAAACGUGUGCGCUGGAUCUGGACUGAAAACACUGCGGAGUUUCGGUUUCAUUAAAACGGAAAUGAUGGACAGAACCUCCCGGCGAGAGACCUGUACUUUUUACAUGCGCCCUGUCCACACGUGAACCGUUUUGACCUUCUGCACCACGUUUGCUCUGCCCUCAGCUGUGUGGUUUUGCCCUCAUCACCAGGCGAACCCGACACCUCUCUCAGAUCAAACCUCAUCCCGUCAUUCAGCAGGAGCAAAACACUGACUCGGACUCACUUGGCUUUUGAGUUGUCUUUUUUACACCUGUACCAUGCAUGUCUCAGACAUCUCUUUGUGUGUGCGUGGAACUGCUGCUGAAGUUUCCGGAACCUCUGGACGUUGCCUUUUACAAAACGCCGGUGUGGCUCAUAUGCAGCUGUGGUAUUUUCUACUGAAGUCACACCGGACUCGCCGUGACCGACCAUGUGACGUGUUUUUAUACUGAAGCUUUUCGUUCCUUUACCGGGGUGAUCAAACGGAGCCCUGCUUGUAUUCACCUUGCUAGUUACUUGGUUUUCUACGAGAAAACAGAAUCUCAUGGACCAGCUGACUUGUUAUUUUUCCACACAGCUGAUAUGAUAGUCAGGAGUCAUGUUAACAUCCCCCCCAAGAAUGAUUAUUUGAACGCAGUGUGUAUUUAUAGUGCUGCAGACAGAAAGAGCAGAGUGUCACCAACAUGGCACUGAUAUCUUGACAUGUCUUGAAGACCCAACAUCUCAAGCCUUCUUCGGGAUGAGCUACACCAGGUUUCAUCUCCCUAACAACCACUUGUCCUUCCUCAAAUGAUGACUUAGGAGAAUGUUCAGUGUUUCCCAGGGAGCCAAGUUCAGCAGUCGGUGCAUGGUGUCAACACCUCGUUGGCCCCGGUCAACGUGAUGAUCAUCACGGUUAGUCAAAACAGGAAUAGCCGUCCCAGGUGCGCGAAACAUCUCCAUGAGGGCAGAUCGCCGUGGAAGCGAUGCGUUUUGCGUAUCAGCAAUGCGCAGAGCAGUUUAUAAGCCAGUAGAUGAGGUGUCUAUCUCGUCACCCCAAUUGGCACCGCAUGGUAGACUUUGUUAGCCUUUCAUGGGAGCCUCCGAAGAAAUAAAUCAGUUACCUCAGCCGCUCGUGGAUCUCAAACAAACAAGUACACGAGCCAAAGGAGACUCGCGUCACCUGGCUUGGAGCCACCGCCUCUUGUGUAAGGGACUGGCGCCAUCUCAAAUUCUCACGUAUCCGGAAUUCGUAUUUUGUGCUACGAACGCAAUGAUGCUAUGGUAGCAUCUGAACUACAACAGUCAUUAAGUGCCGUGCGCAAGCUCUUGAGUUCCCACUGAGCGUGCCUGUCUUUGACACGUACCCCUGCCUCAUGUGUCUUGACCUGUUCGGACCGUUUAAAUCUGAGAAAUGGGUGAGCGUUUUAUACUCUGGCUGACUGCCAAGGCGGCUGUUUAUCAUGUUUUACAACUGACGUCUCAUGUUCUCAAAGUCCUGGAUCUUCCACAUAUACGAAAGGAAAGUAUUUAUUCAGUUUUAAAUAAAGAUUAAUAUAUAGACUGCUGACACAUGAAGGUCACACCUUUUACCUGUUUGCCCUUAUUUUACACCUAUUCAUUUAGCUUAUGCUUUUCUCCAAAGGAACUUACAAUGUUGAGGUUAUAAU